AUGAAGUGCAAAGGACAUCAGCAACUCAAGAACAAAGUCAACGAGGGAAARGACGCAGCUGAUAAGGCAGCCAAGAAAGCUGGCGUCCAAGAUCUGCUCACCCGUAUACAAGCUCUGGGUCCUGAAUAUUGGCCUAACAGGACCAAGCGCACGGUUCUGCAUUUCUUCUGUGACACGUGCUCCGUGCCUGUCUGUGGGGAGGGCAGUGUGGAUUGUCACUCAGGCCACAGCCUCCGCUACUUCCAGGAUUCCCUGCAGGACUCCAGGACCCUCACAAUCCAGCUGCUGGCAGACGCCCAGCGGGGCAGGCACGCUGUACAGCUGAGCAUUGAGAAAGCCCAGGCCGUUGCCGAGCAGGUGGAACUGAAGGCCAUGGUGGUCCAGUCAGAGGUCAAAGCCAUCACAGAGCGUCAUAAGAAGGCCCUGGAGGAACGAGAGUGUGAACUGCUGUGGAAAGUUGAGAAGAUCCGUCAGGUGAAAGCCAAGUCCCUCUAUCUCCAGUUAGAGAAGCUGCACCAGAACCUGACCAAGCUGGACAGCACCAUCGCUACAGUAACCCAGGUCCUAGAGAAGGGCAGUAGUUUGGACCUGUUGCUGGCCAGAGAGAGCAUGCUCCUCCAGAUCACAGAGCUUAAGGCCCUCAGGGAGCUGUUACUACCGCAGGAUGAUGAUCGCAUCCUGUUCACCGCCCCCGACCAGACCUUGCUCCUCGCCAUCCAGUCCCUAGGUCUGGUCAGCUCCGGGGCCUUCGCCCCCCUCACCAAGGCCCAGGGAGAGGGGCUUUGUCGGGGCUUGCAGGGUAAGCAGGCUUCCUUCACUGUGGUGGGGUAUGAUCAUGAUGGAGAGCUCAGGCUGUCUGGGGGGGACGGUGUGUCAGCUGUGAUGGUGGCGCCCGAUGGUAACCUGCUAAACGCUGAGGUGACCGACCAUCAGAACGGGUUGUACACGGUCAGCUACCUGCCCAAGGUAGAAGGAGAACAUCUGGUGUCAGUCCUUAUCUGCAACCAGCACAUCGAAGGCAGCCCCUUUAAAGUGCUGGUCAAGUCUGUCCGUAGCAAUGGAGGUAUCCCCUUGCCGGUGGCCUCGUUCGGCAGAGAGGGGGACGGAGACGGGCAGCUGUGUCGCCCCUGGGGGGUGUGUGUGGACAAAGAAGGCUACAUAAUCGUAGCUGACCGAAGCAACAACAGGGUGCAGAUCUUCAAGCCGUGCGGUUCCUUCCACCACAAGUUUGGUACGCUGGGCUCCAGACCAGGCCAGUUGGACCGACCAGCUGGGGUGGCCUGCGACAGCCAGAGGAGAAUCAUCGUUGCCGAUAAGGAUAAUCACCGCAUCCAGAUCUUCACCUUUGAAGGCCGGUUCCUCCUCAAGUUCGGGGAGAAGGGAACCAAGACCGGUCAGUUCAGCUACCCCUGGGACGUGGCGGUCAGCUCGGAGGGAAAGAUCCUCGUCUCAGACACCCGGAACCACCGCAUCCAGCUCUUCAGGCAGGACGGCACCUUCCUCAACAAGUACGGCUUUGAGGGGGCUCUAUGGAAACACUUGGACUCCCCCAGGGGCGUGGCCUUCACUCAGGAGGACCACCUGGUGGUGACAGACUUCAACAACCACCGUCUGCUGAUCAUCCGGUCGGACUGCCAGUCGGCCCGCUUCCUGGGAUCAGAGGGAACCGGUAACGGUCAGUUCCUGCGGCCGCAGGGCGUAGCAGUGGACCAGGAGGACCGCAUCGUGGUGGCUGACUCCCGGAACCACCGGAUCCAGGUGUUCCAAACCAACGGUAAUUUCUUAUGCAAGUUGGGGACUCAGAGUAGCAGCUUUGGACAGAUGGAUCGCCCGUCGGGUAUAGCUGUUACUCCAGACGGAAGGAUUGUUGCCGUGGACUUUGGAAACAACCGAAUCAUUAUGUUCUAGGCUAGGCAGUUUGUCUGCUGGUUUGCAAAGAAAGAAACAUUGAAGAGGAGAUUUUGAAACACACCCAUCAGAGGCAAAUGUCUUUGUGAGCAAAUGGAAACAGUAAUAUUGAAACUUGACCUUUUCUCUCAGUUAUUACCUCUAUUUUGAAAGAGCAAAUCAAUGCAGUACAUGAACCAAUGCCAACAAGGGGUUAUUGUCAAAAGCUGACAUUUUGAACUCUAUAGUAGGCCUUCUGUGACACUAUCUGGCUCGAUAGUUGUCUUUUCUCCUGAUGUGUGCGUCAAAAUCUCUGAUUUUCUCAGGGAAUUUCUUGCAUUCUUGAAAGAUUUCCACUGCAUCAUACCUACCUCAUGUAGCUAUGUUUGAAUGUACUCCUUUAUUAUUUGAUGCAGAGAUUUCGCCAGUGGAAUUUUGAUAAAGUAACUACCUCAAUGCAAGAGAAAAGUAUAGUUAACAUGAAGUAACAUUUGGUUGAUAUUUGCACAGAAAACGCACACACAUUUUCUCUCAUUGUUACUGUGCACAUAAAGGUGUGAAAUCCCAGAAUGUUGCUGAGAACAAUGUAUAAUAAUGACUGUGUUACAUACAUGUGGAAACGUGGAGUCAGACAUUUUUAUAAACUCGGCAACUGUUA